AUGAUUUUUUUGCCUGCAGUCGCAAGUGGAGACCCGUUCAACACUUCCGUCCUGCUAUGGACACGUGCGGUUCCAUUUAAUAACGAGACAGGCACGGGUCCAUCGCCUGAGAGCGUUCCCGUCUGUGUCUCCUACUCAAUCUUCAACGAUUCUUCAUUGGAGGGAACGCCGGUAGACUCGGCUCAGGGGUUCACCAGCUUUGAUGUCGAUUUCACGGUCAAGAUGGAGGCUACUGGCCUUGAGCCUGACACUAAAUAUUGGUACCAGUUCGCAGACUGCACAAACUCUUCGAACGUCAGCCCCGUUGGUGCGACGAGGACGAUCGCCAGCCCGGACACGCCUGCCGAGCAAGUCAACGGCGGGAACAACUUUACUUUGGCAGUAUUCUCCUGCUCACAAUACCAGGCUGGCUGGUUCAACGCCUACAACUUCGCGUCGCACAACACUACUGCUGACGUCUUUGUUCACCUCGGUGAUUACGUGAGUGACUAUUCAAGGAACGGGGUAAAACAUGAACCUAUCGGCCGCAAAGUCGAGGGCCGUGAGCUCGCGACCGUACACGACUAUCGUCAGCGUAUCGGCCAAUACAGAACGGACGUUGGCCUCAUCGCUGCUCACCAGAACGCUCCGUGGAUCACUGUCUGGGACGACCAUGAGGUGGCAGACCAGGCGUGGAAGGCAGGAACGGCGGACAGUAACGAUUCGAGCGUCGGUUGUUCGUUCUCUGAAUCUGAGGCCUGUUUCACGGAUCGGAAGCUUGCUGCUGUUCGUGCGUAUCACGAAUGGUUGCCCAUCAGGCAGGUCGAUGCGGACGACAAACUUAGGAUCUGGAGGAACUUCCAGAUUGGACAGCUUUUGGAUUUGACCAUGCUGGAUACCCGCCAAUACGAUCGCGAUGUGACUGACGUGAGUUUGAAAUAUGUAGAUGUCAACACCAUCGCCGCCUUUGCCAACCGCUCCUUGAUGGGCUUCGAACAAGAGAACUGGUUCUUCGACUCAUUGACCGAGUCUCAAGCCCGAGGAGCGGUGUGGCGCGUUGUGGGUCAGCAAAUUGUCUUCACACAGUUGAACGAAUCUGGAGUCUGUACGUUUAUUCCUGCCGACGCAUGGGACGGUUACCGCGCGAACAGGCAGCGCGUGCUCGACCAUCUCUUCUCGAACGGGAUCAACAACACGGUAAUACUUUCUGGGGACAGUCACGCCAAUUGGGUGUCCGAUCUCGCUCAUCCCAAUGAUACGAGUUACGAUCCAAUCACCGGCGCAGGUGCCGCAGGCGUCGAGUUCGCCGGGACUGCUGUGACCUCCGGGUCCUCCUUCGGUGCAAACAUCUCUCCCGCCGCCGCGGACGUUAUCUCGACGGGCCUCGUCGCCGCGAAGGGCAACGAAGAGCUGCAAUGGAGCGAAGGGUCCUACCGUGGUUUCUUCACGUUGACCAUUAAUCCUGAUACCCUCACGGCGACGUACUACGCCAUGAACAACACCAAUUCUUCGAACCUGGACGGCUUCGCAAGCGCUCAGUUCGUGGUGGAGAACAACGCCAAUAAACUCUCGAGGCCUGUCGCUGGAGGUGUCGUUAACGCUGGCGUAUUGAAGAGCAGUGUUGUCAAUGCUACGAACUCGAGUUCGUCUUCGGCCUAG